AGCCUCUGAGCUGAUAAGAGCUCCCCAGUGACUCUCUUCACAUACCAGCUCGGGGGCCCCGCCGAGCAGCCAGCACCAUGAAGGACGAGGUGGCUCUUCUGGCCACUGUCACCCUCCUGGGAGUCCUGCUGCAAGCCUAUUUCUCCCUGCAGGUGAUCUCGGCGCGCAGGGCCUUCCGCGUGUCGCCGCCGCUCACCACCGGGCCGCCGGAGUUCGAGCGCGUCUACCGAGCCCAAGUGAACUGCAGCGAGUACUUCCCCCUGUUCCUCGCCACGCUCUGGGUCGCCGGCAUCUUCUUUCAUGAAGGUACCGCGGCCCUGUGCGGGCUGGUCUACCUGUUCGCGCGCCUCCGCUACUUCCAGGGCUACGCGCGCUCCGCGCAGCAAAGGUUGAGCCCAAUGUACGCGAGCGCGCGCGCGCUCUGGCUGCUCGUGGCGCUGGCGGCGCUCGGCCUGCUCGUCCACUUUCUCCCCGGCGCGCUGCGCGCCGCGCUCCUCGGACGGCUCGGGAAGCUGCUGCCCGGGGCCUGAGGUGGAGGACGCCCGGUCGGCGGAACCGGAGAAGAGCCGGAGCUUCCGGGAGGACGGGAGGGGUGCUCGCCCCAUCCCAAUCUCCAAUUAAAGUGCCGAU